CCAUGGACUGCUACACGGCCGACUGGAACCCCUUGGGGGACGAGGCUUACUACCGGAAACUGGAUCUGUACUCCAUGGCCUGGGAGCUGCGGGAAGAAGGCCUGCGGGAGUGUUUGGUAGCUGCGGCACCUUACGGGGGACCCAUUGCGCUGCUGAAACCCAAGAAAGAGAAAUCGCCCAGUUCCCGGCCGGAGCUGCACAUCUAUUCUGCUUCGGGGGUCCGCUUGGCUAGCACUCUGUGGAAGAACAGCCCGGCAGUGCACCUCGGCUGGACGGCCGGUGAAGAGCUGCUCUGCAUUCUGGAAGAUGGCUCGGUUCUCGUUUACAGCAUCUUCUGCGAGUUCAAGCGCUGCUUCAGAAUGGGCAACGAGGUGCUGCAGAACCACGUGGUGGAGGCCAAAGUCUUUCAUACAGAGUACGGGACCGGGGUGGCCAUCCUCACAGGGGCCCACAGGUUCAUUCUGGCCACCAACGUUGAUGACUUGAAGCUCCGCAGGAUGCCUGAGGUGCCAGGUCUUCAGAAGACCCCCUCAUGCUGGGCUGUCCUGUGCCAGGACAGAGUGGCCAUCCUCCUCCUGGCGAUCGGCCAAGACCUGCUGCUCCUGGACAACACGACCUGCACCCAGGUGACCCUGCCGGGGAUGAAUCCCCUUGCCGGCUCCUACCUGCGCAUGGCGGUGUCUUUCAACUACCGCUACCUGGCUCUCUUCACCGACACCGGCUACAUCUGGAUGGGGAUGUCUCACUUGAAGGAAAAACUGUACGACUUCACCUGCAAUUUGCGAACUCCCCCAAAGCAGAUGGUUUGGUGUAUCCGGCCUCGAAGCAAGCAGCGCGCGGUGGCCUUGGCGUGGGACCGGCUCCUCCUUGUGGCUGGGAACGCCCCAAAGGGGAUUGAAUACCACCUUGAUGAGGAUUCGUACCUGGUGCCGGAGCUUGACGGGGUUCGGAUUUUCUCCUUUUCCACCCAUGAAUUCCUUCAUGAGAUUCCAGAGUCCACCCAGGAGAUCUUCAAGAUUGCAUCCAUGGCACCAGGAGCUUUGCUGCUGGAAGCCCAAAAGGCAUACGAGAAAGAGAGCCAGAAGGCCGAUGAAUACCUGCGGGAGAUCAAGGAGCAGAAUCUGCUGUCGGAGGCGGUCAUGAAAUGCAUUGAAGCAGCCAGCUAUGAACACGACCCAGAAAUCCAAAAAGCUCUCCUUCGGGCGGCCUCCUUUGGGAAAUGCUUCAUCGACAAGUUUCCCCCCGAGAGCUUUGUGGAGACGUGUCGGGACCUCCGGGUGCUGAACACCAUCCGGGAUUACCAGAUUGGGAUCCCCCUCAGUUACGCUCAGUACAAACAGCUCACCAUUGAAGUUUUACUGGACAGGCUGGUGCUGCGGAGGCUGUACCCCAUCGCAAUCAAGAUCUGCGAGUACUUGCGCCUCUCGGAGUUCCAGGGCAUCAGCCGGAUCCUGGCUCACUGGGCAUGUUACAAGGUUCAACAGAAGGACAGCUCCGACGAAGAAGUGGCUUACGCCAUCAAUCAGAAGCUGGGUGACACCCCGGGCAUCUCGUACUCGGAGAUCGCUGCCCGGGCGUACGAGUGCGGCCGGACAGAGCUGGCCAUUAAGUUGCUGGAGUAUGAGCCCCGAUCCGGGAAGCAGGUCCCGCUGCUGCUGAAGAUGAUGAGGAGCACUCUGGCCCUGAGCAAAGCCAUCGAGAGCGGAGACACCGACUUGGUUUACACCGUGGUCUUGCACCUGAAGAACGUACUAAACCGCGGCUCUUUCUUCAUGACCUUGCAGAACCAGCCCGUGGCGCUGAGCCUCUAUCGCCAGUUCUGCAAACACCAAGAGCUGGAUACUCUCAAAGACCUCUACAAUCAAGAUGACGAUCACCAGGAACUCGGAAACUUCUUUGUCCGCUCCAGCUACACCAAUGAGCAGCGGAUCGAGGGGCGUGUGGCCAGCCUGGUGAAUGCUGUGGACGAAUAUUACAAAGCCAAGAAUGAGUUUGCGGCCAAGGCCACCGAAGACCAGGUCAAGUUGCUGCGCAUCCAGCACCGCAUGCAGAAGGAGGAGGACAAGCCGUACCUGGACUACUCCCUCCACGAUACUGUCUACAACCUCAUCCUGGACAAGAACCACAAGCGGGCCGAGCAGCUGUACCGCGACUUCAAGAUCCCCGACAAACGGUUCUGGUGGCUGAAGAUCAGCGCCCUGGCUGAGCGGGAAGACUGGGAUGAACUGGAGAAGUUCUCCAAGUGCAAGAAGUCACCCAUUGGAUACAUGCCCUUCGUCGAGAUCUGCAUGAAGCACCACAACCGCCACGAGGCCAAGAAGUAUACCCUCCGCGUCACCCCGGAGCAGAGGGUGAAAGCCUUGAUCUUGGUGGGGGAUCUGGGCCUGGCCGCCGACACAGCCAUCGAACACAAGAACGAGAACGAGAUGAACCUGGUCCUGUCCAAGUGCACCGCGCCCACCGACUCAUCGGUCGCCAACAAGAUCAACUGCGCCAGGGCUCAGAUUCUAAAGAAGUAG